GGUCUGAGCCAAAGAAGCCACAGAGACCAGGGAGAGAGCCCCACCCACCAGCAAGGAUAUAUAAAAGCUCAGGAGUCUGAAGUGACAUUCACAACUCAGGAGGUAACUUCAGCAAGCUACCUGCAGCCCUCUGUCUGACAUCAUGUCCUUCAACUGCUCCACAAGAAAUUGCUCUUCCAGGCCCAUUGGAGGACGCUGCAUUGUUCCAGCGGCCCAAGUUACCACGACUUCCACCACUGAUGCUGACUGCCUGGGUGGCAUCUAUUUGCCCAGUUCCUUCCAGACUGGCUCUUGGCUCCUGGACCACUGUCAGGAGACCUGCUGUGAGCCCACUGCUUGCCAGCCAACCUGUUACCAGCGAACUUCAUGUGUCUCCAACCCUUGCCAGGUGACCUGCUCUCGACAAACUACCUGUGUUUCCAACCCCUGCUCAACUACCUACAGCCGGCCGCUCACCUUCGUCUCUAGUGGAUGUCAGCCCCUGGGAGGCCUCUCCAGUGUCUGCCAACCAGUGGGAGGAGUCUCUACUGUCUGCCAGCCAGCCUGUGGGGUCUCCAGGACGUACCAGCAGUCCUGCGUGUCCAGCUGCCGAAGAACCUGCUGA